AAUCUAUGGAAAUUUGCAGGUCCUUUUUUUUUUCACUCUUUCCUUUGUCAACUAUUUCUUUUACCAUGUCUGGAACUAAUACAAAACACAAUGCUAUUUUUAUUCAACCAAAUUCAGUGACAGAAACACUAGAUCAAGACAUCUCCAGUGAUCAAUGGUUACCUUUGGAAGAUCUCAAUGAAAGUGAUAUUGAUGACGACGACGGUGACAUUAUUAUUGAACAACGCCUUUUGGUCAACAACCAAGCUGCUAUUCGACGACUCACCGAACAAAUCCGUUUACAUGAUUAUCCUUUGAUCGAAACCCUUAGUUUCACCAGCAAAGAGCCUGUGGUUCUGAAAGACGUAUAUGAUGAUCUGGAAAGAGAAACUGCUUUUGAAAAACAAGCCUUGGAAACUGCCUUGAUGGCCAGACAGAUCUGUAAAGAAGCCAAUGUACCUUUUGCCAACAGAGAAGAUUAUCGUGAUUACACCAAGGAUGAUACAACUGUAAAACAAAACAACAAGAAGAAUCGAAAUAUGGAAUCAGAAAGAUUGAAAUUGAUGAAACGAAAACGAAGCGAUAUGGAUGCGGAUGAUACCAUUGUGGACAACGAUUUUGACUUGGAAGACUAUGAUGACAAUACUAUUAAAUCAAAAAGGGGAAUGGGAUCUUUAUUAAGGCAAAAAAGGCCUAAAUCGGUAAGAACAAAGACAAUUGGAUCAUUAGAGCUUCGAUAGUAGAUUGAUUUUUUUUUUUCAAUAUUAUUAUACUUAGAUGAUUGAUACUCGCGUAGGAGGAAAAUCAAGGACACAUGGCUACAAAUCACCAGGUAUGCAUGGGAAAAAGCAACAAGGAAACAAGCAAGGUGGCAAGAAAGCAUCCUAUCGACCAGGCAAAGCAAAACGACAAUCCCUUAGAAAUAGAAAGUAGAUUUACAAACAUACAGACACACACUCACACAUAUAUAUUAUUCACAUACAUACAUAUAUUAUUUUCAUUUUGUUGGCAUUCUAUCAUCAUACAAUAAAGACUUACACUAUUGUUGUUGUUUAUCACCUGUAGAUGCUUUUCUUUCUUGGUAAUUAUGGUAUAGAUAAAUACAGAAUAGAGGAACGACUCAAAACUCAUGCUUUCCAUCUUUUUUUUUUUU